CUCGCUCCUUUGUUUACGGUAUUUUUACGGCCAGACUGUCCGUGAUUGUGUUGGCUAAAGUGGGUGGCUAGUUGACAGGAGACGAACAACAAGCAGGCGGCAAAAAGCAACUGAUGAAGAUUGAGAUGAGCGGAAGUUUUUUAUCUGAGGUUCUCCUAUCUGCAGAGGAGGCAGAGAUAAAAGACCUGAAUAUCAGUAUUGAUAAUGUAUCAAUGAAAGUACAGGACCUGAAGACUGAAGUUAAGAAGGUCAUAGAAGAAACAUGUCACCUUCUCCCAUCAGGAAAUGAGCAACUUGUCAGUCAAGCUGAGAAACUGAAAACAAACAUGAAAAAUAUUUAUGAAAGGAUUGAGAACCAGCAUAAAUUUCAACUACAGAAUUCAACUGGAGAGCUGAAAAGAUUGUCAGAAAUACUUCAAGAAACUAAUCUUUCUCUCCAGUUUGUAACUGAACUAAUAGACAUCGAUGUGGCACUGCAAACUUGCUGUGAACUGCAAGCAAAAGGAGAAUAUUUAAAAGCAGCAGAAAGAUUAAGAAAACUUGAAUCUUUCUUCCAAACAAGUCAUGAACAAGAACUGGAGAUCAUAAAGGCUUUGUCAAAGGAACGAAUUUUAUAUCUUGAGAAAUUUCUGUAUGAUUUGCGAGAAAUAUGGAAGUUGUGCAUAAACAUAAAUGAGACAGAAGUGGAGAAGAACCGGCAGAUAUUGUUAAAAGUAAACAUUUCUCGUUUAAAUGACAUAGAGCAAAUGAUGAAGGCCCUUGAUUAUCUGGAAAAACUUGAGUUUUCUUUCAAGAAAUUGGCAACACUAAUACAAAAAUCAAUUUUGGAGCCUGUCAUCUUAAAUGAAUGUUUUGUAGAAACAUUCACUGAUGAGAAACAUGCAGUACUAGAAAUACAGAUGAAAGGUGGCUCAUCCAGACCAAACUAUAAACUUGUUUUCAGAAAUCUGAUGGAGAUCUUCUGUUUUCUAGAAAAAUAUUUAAAUGUUGAAAUAAAUAAGAAUUUCUUUGUCUUGAAUAAACUUGGUGAUAUGAUAUGUGCAGAGUUUACUGAAUACCUGAUCAAAAAUUCUCUCUCGCAUACAAUACCAUCUCAUAGUGAAGAGUUUGCUGAUUAUGAUAAUGUCAUUAAGUCUGUUGAAGAAUUCCAGGAAUAUGUUAUAAAAAUAGGUUUCUUUAAGGACACGGCAAAUUCAAUUUUGAACUAUGCUAAAAAUGUUGAUGUUUUAUUUGCAAACAAAACUUGUGAAACAUAUUUGGCAAAGGCACGAGAAAUAAUGAAACAGGAUUUGCAUGAAAUGAUUGAAGUUGAACCUUGGGUCCCAUCUCAGACUCUUCAUAUUGAUAGUGUCAACACUGCGAUGGAUUUACUGCCAGAUUUCAAAUUGAGCAAGUAUUCAUUUCAAUUCCCACAGUGCAAGAUAAGCAAAUCAACUCAAGAUGUUUUAAAGAUUGUUUUCGAUAUACUGGAGGAAGCAACACAGCGCACUGACUUCUGUGCAGUGAGGCUGUUUUACACUGCAAGAAAUGUUUUUGAAUUGUAUCGAGCUGUUGUUCCAACAUAUCAUGCAAAGUUCUUAGAAACAAUUCCUCAGCAAGUUGCCCUUUUCCACAACAACUGUAUGUAUUUAGCUCAUCAUCUUCUAACACUUGGCCAUAGUUACAGAGACAGGCUACCAAAAGUUCUGGGAAGCCAUUUUGUAACAUUCGUUGACCAGGUACCUAAACUACGUGAACUGGGAGGCACUGUAUUCCUUAAAUACAUGCAGAGCCAACGAAAACAGAUUCUGGAGAUUCUCAGAAGCUCAGGUCUGACUAACCUUGGUGAAAAAUGCAAACAAGAUCCAAAUGUAGAAAAAUCUAUAAGACAAUGCUUGCGACAACUUGAGUUGCUACAGAAGGUUUGGAAUGGUGUAUUGCCUACAAAUGUAUACUGCAAAAGCAUUGGGUGCCUGGUAAAUGCAUUCAUUGAGGAGAUCAUCACCAGAAUUUUAACAAUUGAAGAUAUUCCAGCUGAAACUGCUGUCAUGCUUGUGAGAGUGUUUGGUUUAGUAACAGCUAGAGCACCACAAGUUUUUCAGGAUGGUGCUUGUCUGAAUUUGCCCUGAGGUGAUGAUUGCUCCGAGGAGGAUGGGUGUAGGCACAUUCGAGAAGAUUUAGCAUAAAGCUGUAGCUCUGCUUGCUUAAUUUGGCAUCAUGGAGUGGAUGAAGGUGGAGCACACAUUUGUUGUUGAGACAUACUUUUCUAAAGGUUGUUCACUCAUCGCCACACAGAAUGUACCAAUUUCAGUAUUGAGCCCCAUGAUCGUGUUCCUGUCUGGCAGUUGAGUGUGUCAUGGGUAAACAGAUUCAGGGAAAACUGGUGAUAUGAUAUGAAGCAGGGGCUGGGCUUCCACAAGCAGCAAGGUCACCUCAAAAUAUUCACUUGCUAAGGCUUUCUGUUUUGAGAUGCCCCCAGCUCUGUGCCAGCUAACAUGCAGUUGUUGUUGGGUUAUCUGCUCAUUCUGAGGCAAAUCCUUCAAAAAGAAGUAAAAUUUCAUUGCUACAAAUUGGCUGUGGGGCAGGAACUUAAUCCACAUGAUUCUGUUGCUCAAGAAAAUGCAUAUGAGUUGCUUUUUGGCAUGCAUUAUGACACACGCUUGUUUUCUUCGGUGAAGAGUCUCACUUCCAUCUUGUGGGAUCUGUAAAUAAGCUUUCACAAACGUGUAACUUUUUGGUGUUUGCUAUCACGAGUUGGAAUAAUUGGUCCACGGAUUUUUGAAUAAAACCAACAGGCAGUUUCGGUGACUGCAUGAUUCAGGAAUCCUUGAUUCAGGAAUUUUUCCUGCCAACACUCAAUGAGGUGGAUGUGGAAGAUGCUUGGUUUCAGCAGGACAGUGCCAUGGCACAAAAAGUGUGUUUGUCAAUGACUGUUUAGUGGCCACACUUCACAGGAUGCUUCAUCUCCUUGAGGAGUAAUCUGCACUGGCCAUCACAGUUGCUAAAUUUAGCCCUCUGUGACUAUUUUUUAUGGUACUAUCAGAAAUCAGUUGUUUACGACGUUCAUCCUAGGACCCUGGCCCGCAUGAAGAACAUCAUUCAUCAUGUUGUCACCAAUGUAUCCAUCAAUAUGCUGGAAAGAGUUCGAUUAAUGCAGCAUACUGAGAAUAAUGGAUGCUGUCUGCCUGAUAUCGUGUUUAAAACUGUAUAAAUA